AAUUAAUUUAGUUUUUUUUUUAAUGUAAACAUAAUGUUUAAGAUGAUUUGUCGCCUGUAUCAUGUUUCCGCCGUUAAUUACAGCGUUAAAAAGUUAGGGGUUAAACUCAAUAAAAUGUUGAACCCCAGGUCUAAAAAGCAAUGGUAUCCAGUGCAAAUGUACGAUGCAAAGCCUAUGCCGACUGUAAAAAGCUUAACUAAAGUGGAUUGUGAACCUGGCAAGCAAGGAGUGCAGCGUUUGGCUAUGUUGAAUAAACUAUUUAUGAAAAAUAUAACUGAUCUUAUGUCGACGGGAACUGUUGCUAUGGAUAUUGUAGGUAGAGGCAUUGAAAUAUCAAAAGUAAAAAUUAGUCCAAAUUUCCAUACAUUGAACGUGUUCUGGGUAUGUAAAGGAGACACAAGGGAUGAGGAGACAGAAGUUUUGCUCCAGAAGAUAGCUGGUCCUCUUAGACAUGAGUUGUCCACUCUCAGAGUAAUGGGUGAAGUGCCGUAUGUUAUAUUUGUUAAAGAUAAACACGAAGCUAAUCUAGUGGACCUCGACCGUCGAUUGGCCAUGGCCGACUACGGCGAAGAUUAUACGCCGACAGAAGUAGGUCAUCUGCUGAAAACUGAGUUUACUCUCGACACUAAACUGUCUCCAGAAAUGAAGGCAAAAAUAAAAAAAAUUGAGGGUGAAAUAGAAGUCGAGGAAGAACCAUUACCAGAAAUGACACAUAAUGUAUUUGGUUUAGACCACACGCGUAUUAUGAAUCGUCUUAUAUCUGCGAGAAAGAGAUCCAAAGAUGCUUGGAGCUCUCUGGAUGAAGAUAUUCCAGUGAUACACUAUAGAGCAAGAGCAAGUAAAUUGCCUGACGUCGAUAUGGGAACACAGAAGCAGGAAUUAGCUGAUUUCUUGUUGAAAAGACAGAUUCUUCAAAACAAAUUGUACAAAGAAGUGCGAGCAUCACGAAAAGAUUAUCAACUUUCUACCCAAGAUAAUGAAGAUGAUGAAGGAGAAGAUUUAAACUACAGCGACAAUGAAGAACAACUCGAAGAAGAA